AUGGACGGGCGCGUCGCCGCCAAGGACGGAGGCGAGCCCAAAGCGCGGGUCAAGCGGCGUAAUAAGCAUGGCUGGAAGGGCAGGCAAAGUCGCGGGCGAAGAUCAGAGAGAAAAAGCAAAGUCAGGGAUGGGACGGCGAACUGGGAACUCGAGGUGACUGCUUUGACAGCGGCGUCGUUGUUCGGAACGGGUGUGGGUGGAGAGAGGCAUUAG